CAUCAUAAUAAUCAUAAGAAUUUUCAACUUUAAAGCUCCAGAGAGAGAGAGAGACAAAGUAACAAAGAGAAAAGAGAGAGAGAUAUGGAAGAGACAAAAUCGAGAUUCAAGAGGAUCUGUGUCUUCUGUGGAAGCAGUUCUGGCAAAAAACCUUCAUACCAAGAAGCUGCCAUUCAAUUGGGUAACGAGUUGGUGGAGAGAAGGAUUGAUUUGGUAUACGGAGGUGGUAGCGUGGGGCUUAUGGGUCUCGUCUCUCAAGCUGUUCAUCAUGGUGGUCGUCAUGUUCUAGGGGUCAUUCCAAAAACCUUGAUGCCAAGAGAGAUAACCGGUGAGACCAUCGGAGAAGUGAAAGCCGUCGCCGAUAUGCAUCAAAGAAAAGCCGAAAUGGCUCGUCAAGCUGACGCUUUCAUUGCCCUUCCUGGUGGGUAUGGUACGUUGGAAGAAUUGCUGGAAGUCAUUACAUGGGCUCAACUCGGUAUCCACCGUAAGCCGGUGGGUCUUCUUAACGUGGAUGGUUACUACAACUCGCUGUUAACGUUUAUUGAUAAGGCUGUGGACGAAGGAUUUAUAUCCCCAAUGGCUCGUAGAAUCAUCGUCUCAGCUCCAAACGCUAAAGAGUUGGUUCGACAACUCGAGGAAUAUGAACCGGAGUUCGAUGAGAUAACAUCGAAAUUGGUUUGGGAUGAAGUGGACCGGCUCAGCUAUGUACCGGGUUCGGAGGUUGCUACCGCUACGUAAGGAUAUAAUAUGGGGACUUUAUUUUUUUGGUAAAAGCAGUGUACAGCGGAAUUAAAGUUUUUUAACAUCA